AUGGCAGAUCGUAGAGCAGCUAUGUUUGGUACUGAAAAGGACCAUACUAAUCACAUUUUCUCUAUCUACUCUUUCUUCCUCUUCUUUCUUUCAAUCAGACAAAAUUGUCCUUUCUACCUUAAAAUUGGAGCAUGCAGACAUGGUGACAGAUGUUCAAGAUUACACAAUAAACCAAUUGUUAGUCAUACCGUUAUUUUACCAAAUCUUUAUCAAAGUCCAUAUCUUCGUCGUGGACAAAACCAACCUCCAGUCCAAGCCACCCAGGAAGAGAUUCAAAAACACUUUGAUGAAUUCUAUGAGGAUCUCCAUGAAGGUCUCUCAAAGUAUGGUCGUGUCGAGUUGAUGCAUGUUUGCGCCAACUUGGGUGACCAUCUCAUUGGUAAUGUCUAUGUAAAAUAUGACACUGAAGAAGCUGCUGGUGCUGCUGUAGAAGGUCUAAGAGGAAGAUUUUAUGAUGGAAGACCAAUUGUAGCUGAAUUUUCACCAGUUACCGAUUUUAAUGAGAGUAGAUGUCGUCAAUUUGAUAUGGGAACAUGUGAUAGAGGAGGUUAUUGUAAUUUUAUGCAUUUACAUUUACCAUCCAAGCCAUUGAGUAUCAAGUUGUUUGGUGAUAGACGUAGUCCAAGCCCAGGAAGAGGUGGCGGUGGCGGAGGAGACGGCGGAUACCAAAGAGGUGAUGAUGGAUUCCAUAGAGGUGGAGGUGACUUUUACAGAGGUGGAGGUCGUGGAGGACGUGGAGGAUACCAUAGAGGUGGUAGAGGUGAUUACAGAGGAAGCGAUAGACGUGACUAUCGAGACAGAGGAGACAGAGACUAUAGAAGAGACGACUACUAUGGCGAUAGAGACAACAGAGACAAUAGAGAUAAUAGAGAUCACUACAGAGGUGGUCGUGAUGGAUACCCACCAAAUGACAGAGAAACAGGUUACAAGAGAUCUAGAUCUGGUUCUCCAUCUGGUAGAAAUAACAAUGGUGACCAACCACAGCAACCAAUCGAUCCAGUUUUACAACAACAAGAGAAAAAGAUGAAACCAACAGAAGUUGGAAAUGAAACUUUGGAUCAUAAUAACAACAAUAACAAUAACAAUCAACAUGGUGGUGAAUUCAACAACAAUAAUCAAUCUCAUUCCAUUCAAUGGGCAACUACUGAGGAUAACAAUAAUAACAACAAUAAUAAUAACAAUAACAAUAAUAAUAAUAACAGCAAUGACAAUAAUAAUAAUAACAACAAUGUUACAGAACCAUAUGCAGCUCCGCCACCUCCACCACCAUCAUCAUCAUCUGAUUACGACAAUAAUCAACCACAAAACAAUAGCAACAACAACCAGGACCAACAACAACAAUAA